AUGAGGUGCGGAGGCUGGGAUCCGGCGCCUAUCCCGCCAGGCUCGCCUUCCCGGGGCGGGAAACCAGGCUCCGCUGCACGCCGCGGCGGCGGCUCGGCUGCGGGAGGAGGCCUGGCCGGGGCGCUGGGAGCUCGGCACUGAGGGGGUCAGUGCGCCCGGAACACUAAGGAGGGGCCGGGAGCGAAAACUGCUGGGGGAAAAGGUGCCAAACCCCGCUGCCAACGGCCCCACUGAGGGCGCAGGUUGGGAGGGCUAGGAGACGCCCGCUCCCCCGCAUGCGCACAGAGGCGCUCCCAGGCGGCGUGGUUAAUAUUCGCACUUCCUGCUUCUCCCGCAAGGUCUUACUGGCGCGCUGUACGUAGGGGGCGGGCCUCAAGGGAAAAAUACCCUUCUCUGAUUGGCUAUCGUCGGACGGGGGUUGGCUUCGAUUGGCCUGUGUAAUGGCGUUGGUGACGUGGGUUGCCACCUGCGUGGGAUUUCGAAUGCCUGGUGUUGCAGGCCGUGUAGAAGAGGACCCGGGUCAGCAUUUCCAACAUGCAUUUUCCUCCCACGGUCUAAUUCAUUCACUUAUUAUUAUUUUUACAUAUUAAUGCUUUAGCAACAUUACAAUUACAACGAACACAUUCCAGCACUGCGCUUUUAAUUCGGGAAGCCCCAAUCCGCUCAUCCUAAGAUGGAGACGCUGAGGACCCGAGCAGGAAGGACCUGAAGCCCAGUUUCCCGCUCCCAGCUCUGGGCCCAGCACCAUCCCCGGCUUGAGGGGCGGGCCCGGGGCACCGGCUUUAGAGUCCUCCCGAGCGUCCCACACCCUCAGCUCCUCUCGCGCCGCGCCGGCCUCGGGUCUUGGGUGCCGGCUCCUCCCUUCUUAACCCCUCCCGGCUGCAACAGCUCCACCUGCAGCGCCGAGUUUGUUGCUAGGUGGUCCUGGUCCGGUCCACGGCUGUGAGGGCGUAGAGGCAUCAGCCAACCCAACCCCACUGUACACCUGGGGCGGCCGAGACUCAGGGAGCCGCGUGGCCUGAGGUCACCCAGCCAGCGGCAGACCAGGGGUAGUAGACGCAGGUCUUCUGACUCCCAGCCCGGGUCUGGGUCGCUGUCUCCUGCCUGUUGUCCCGCAUCUUCGUGGUAGGUUGAGAUGGCCUCUCUGGCCCCAUCGCCCCCAGGCCACACCCCUGUUUCUCUAGGCUGGGGCCGCAGAAAUCACGGUUGUGUCGUACCUUCCCGCAAGGCUGCUUCUCGGCGGUUCCGCCCCCUUUGCCCUGGUGACGCGUCAUUCUUUGCCAUGGAGACUGCGCUGUUUACUGAGAGCCCUGUUCUGUGAGAGCCCACAGCUCCUGGAGUGGUAAGGAGGCUCCCACCUGGAGCCUGGGUACUAGUUCUUUGCGGUGCUAAGGUAAGUAAACCUCGGCCCCCACCCACCAACCCUUAGUGGAGAGUUGAGAUCGGCCCUAAUUUAGCCCCUCGCCUCUCUGGGACCUGCACAGGCUUAUCCAAGAGUCUGAGUUAACUUUUGGGCUCCAUGCUCAGACACACAAGAGAGAGGCCAUAGGAAAGCUUGGACUAGGAAGAAGUGGGGAGACCCCCGUGUCAUCUGAGAGGGCUGGGUGGGCUGGGAGUGGGGCUCAGCCUGGUCAAGAGCCUACCCUUGUUCCAUCCUUGUGUGUCUGGAGGGCUUCAGAGAUCCAGAGGUCCUUAAGGGCAAGUGCUCAGAUUUUGGGGUGGGGAUGGUCGUGGUGGCUGCAGAUUUCAGACCUACCCAAGGAAGACAGUCCUCACAGUCAGUCAGAGCUGUGCGCAGAUGAGGUGGGUAAAUUGUAGACUUUCUGUGGCUGCCAGCCUCUGCCUGCUGCCAUUCUCCUGUGUUCCCCUUCCUGUUCUCUCCUUUUCAUUGUCCUGGGAAGUUUUUAUGUUCCUUACUCUGCUGAAUAGGCUCAAUACCUAGUUUUCAGUUUACAGAUACCAUGUUUGUUCAUUUUUUAGAAAACAUGUCUGAGUUCUUCUGUUUGGCAGUAUCUAUUAAAACUACUACCCUGUGACCCGGAAAUUCCAGAGUCACGAAAAUGCGUACAUGUGUUCACCAAAAGACAUAAGACUUUGGAAACCUCAAAUGGCCAAACUACUACAACCUCCCCCCAAGUUCCUGCCCUCAGAGUGGCACAUUGCUAACAAGAACCAGUACCACAGUGCAGAGGCCCAAAGGUCCCGAUCCGAACGCCUGGUGGCAGAGAGCCAGAGGCUUGUGGAUGAAAUUGAAAAGACCACAAGAAAAUCUCAGAGUGAUGUGAACAAGAAACUAGAACAGAGACUGGAGGAAGUCAAGUUCUGGAAGAAGGAGUUAGAUGACAAACUUGAGCAGCUUGUGCAUGAGACCGAGGAUCUACUGAUAUUUAAGAUCAGGUUGGAAAAAGCCCUGGAGAGCUUAAAAGAACCCUUGCACAUCACUCAGAGAUGCCUGGCAUACAGGGAGAAGCGAGUUGGGAUGGACUUGAUGCACGAUGAGGUGGAACGGGAGCUGAUAAAGGAGACUGAGGUCAUCCAAGGGGUCAUGGCCCUGCUGACCCGUACUGUGGAGGAGACUUCUGAGCAGAUCAGGCUGAACCGUUCUGCCAAGUACAAUCUUGAAAAGGAUGUGAAGGACAAAUUUGUGGCCCUGACCAUUGAUGAUAUCUGCUUCUCACUCAACAACAACUCGCCUAACAUCAGAUAUUCUGAGAACGUCAUAAGGGUUGAACCAAAAUCUGUGAGCCUGGAAGACUGGUUAGACUUCUCCAACGCCAACGUGGAGAAGGCUGACAAGCAGCGGAACAACUCCCUGAUGCUAAAGGCCCUGGUGGACCGAAUCCUGUCCCAGACGGCCCACGACCUGCGCAGGCAAUGCGAUGUGGUGGACACAGCAUUCAAGAAUGGGCUGAAGGAGACCAAGGAUGCUAAGGACAAGCUGGCUGUUCAUCUGGCCAAGGUCAUGGAAGAGAUUGCUUCCCAGGAGAAAAACAUUACAGCUCUUGAAAAAGCCAUCCUUGACCAAGAAGGGCCUGCCAAGGUGGCUCAUACACGCCUAGAGACCAGGACGCGCCGGCCUAAUGUGGAGCUGUGUCGGGACACUGCACAGUACAGGCUGAUCAAGGAGGUUCAGGAGAUCAGCCACAAUGUUGCGAGACUAAAGGAGACAUUAGCCCAAGCUCAGGUGGUGCUGAAAGGGCUGAAUCGCCGCCAGCUCGCCCUGCAGGAGGAGAUCCAGGUCAAGGAGAACACCAUCUACAUCGAUGAGGUCCUCUGCAUGCAGAUGAGAAAGUCCAUCCCGCUGAGGGAUGGGGAAGAGCAACGGGGCUGGGCUGGGGGCCUCCACCCAGAUGCGGUCUGCUAAUAGUAGGGAGAGUUCAGAUUCUCAUUAAACCACAUCAUAAAGUGGUGCCACAGACUCUCAUUCCAGCCUACAGUCAGCCCACCACAACCUCUUUCUUGGCUGUGAUUCCAAGCCUGCUCUGGGGCUGAGAUUUGGACACAAGGUUCUGUUCUGCUGUCGCUGGUGGUGUGGUGGUUGUUUAACAGCUAAAUUCUGUGUAUCAGCACAGGCCACUCAUAUCACAGGACUUGGGGCUUUGGGGGAGGAGUUCAGGACAUUUUAGUUCAGACUGGUUUCAGUUCAGUAGUUGGGCUGGACCCCUACCCAGACUGUGAACCAUCUCACUCAUGAGAUGGGAUGAAAGCAUUGCUUUCGGUUCUCAAACUUCUUUUCCCUCGAGGUCAACGCAUUCAAGUUGUACAAAGCACAGAUGGAAGAGGAGCAGCCCUGGAUCAGGGGUCCCCUCAGACCUUGCCAGACAGCUGUAGUGUCGUUCUGGCCUUACUUUCUCCUGUGUGAAAUGGAGAGGGCAGGAUAGGCCAACAUGCCAUCCAGCGCUUAGCCAUUCAUUAUGACGGUAGGGGCUGAUGCGAGCCAGAUGGCUGUUGUCUGCGGUUGUGAGGUUGCAGAAUGGGGACAGCUGUGUUUCUCAGGUUGGAGGAGGGCUCGGAAGGGCAUCAGUCAAUGGGCUUUAGUGUCAGCUGUGGGGUGGGUAGCUGUGGCAGGAGUUACCAGUGACAUUCUAGAAAGGCUGGAGCAGUCAAUACUGACAUAGCUGGCCUGGACUGGAGGCGCAGUUUAUGUGCAGUGUGUAUCCGGAUCUCGGCAACUGUAGCUUCAGAAUUCUAGCUUGGGAAAGGGGAAGGCAGAGGUUCCUGGGCUCCCUAGACAAGCUUUAGCGCCACCACGUGGUAAGGAGAUUUGGAUUUUGUUUUCUUUCCUGAACGUAAGCCCACUCAGAGUCAGAAUUUGGUGUUUCCAGACCAAUUAGUAAUCAUUUGGGAGUAUUAAAAAUAAAACAAAAUUCAAGCAACAGUAAAGGAAAAAAAAAAAAAAAAAAAAACUCCCAUUCCUGCCACAGAUUCAAAUUAGUGGUUAAGAGGGUGGGCUCUGGAGUCAGACAUACCUGAGUUCAAGUUCUCCAAUGGUACCUACCUCAUAGGGUGACGGGGGGGAUGGAAUGAGAUAACCUGUGUAAAAGCCUUCAUAUAGAGCUUUUGAUCUAGUAUUUUCUUCAGCUGUUCCUACCACAGGUGAUCAGCCUGUGCACUAGAACCCAGCUUUGGCUCUGGUUCAUGCUGGCCUCCACAUAAGCAUAUUUUUUUGUUCACUCAUGUCCAGCUCUGUUUCUUUCAUGAUCAGCUCUUCUGUGGCUUAUGUAGGUACGCCAGGCCUCAGGUCAUCCCAAAUAAUCAACUAGUGGAUAAUAACAAGGACCUGUCCCGUGAAUUUUCUCAUCAAAUCCUCAGACACAUACACACACACAAAACGAAACUCCAUCUGUAAAUGAGAUACUGGCCUUGAGAUCAAACAGACCAAGGUUCAAAUCCUGGUUCUGCCACUUACUAGCUGUGUGACCUUGGGCAAGUUACUCAGCCUCUCUGUGCUGCUGUUACCUUAUCUCAGUCACCUUGUCCACACACCCUUUGUAACCCACACUGCCCUUUUCUGGUGUAGAUUUCUUCCUCUAGGCAAGUGUCCAUAUAUCCCAGGGGCACAUCUCUAAGGAACAGAUUUCUGCAUAUCAAGCCUGGAGGUUAUUGCCAAAUAAUCUAAGACUAAAUUUUCUGAAGGUUGUUGUCAAUUUCCAAAUAUCUAUUCCCUAAAAUGCCUGGACCAGAAUCUUACCAAGAUGCCGCCUCAGCCGCUGUACAAUAUAUGAAGUUCAAAUUCCAGCUCUGUUACCGGUAGCUGUGUGCCUUUGGGCACUGAGCCUCUUUGAUCUUUUUCCUGGCCUGUCUUCAGAUGUGGAUGCCUCCGCCUUGAGGUUGUUUGUGAAGAUAAAGCGAGAUGUUGUAGGUAAAGCACCUAGCACAGUGCCUGAUGUAAUAGAUACCCAGUAGAUGGCAGCUAGUUUUUUGUUUUAAUGAGGAGUUUCUAUUAUUCUG